UUUUGCUGUCCUUGAGAAUUGAAUCAAUAAGUUAUCUAUUCAUGUUAAAUAUAUUAAUGUGAGAGCUUUAUUCCGUUUAAAGAAGUAAAUUUCUAUUCAAACAGCGAAUGUGACUUGUUCUUAUUUAUAAAUAAGCAUAUGAUUAAAAAAAAAGAAUUGCCCAAGUACGAGCUUUUCAUUCAUUUUAAAAACAAAAUCGUAAAAGAAAAAAUUGAAACAAUUGUGAAUUAUACAUAUAACAUAAUGAAACCAUUGAUGUGGAUUAUGAUUUUGGGAUUAUCGUUCAGAGAUGUGUGUGCAGACUAUUGCCCGCAGAGCAACGCGUGUUCGACGACAUGCCAAGUAUAUAGCAGAUACUAUAGAGCUUGCGGAUUUCUUUGGUUGGAUAGAUGUUCACGAUAUAGAGUUCAUUAUUAUACCUGCUAUGAGACAUGUUACAAGCAAGCGUGUUGUACAGGCUAUACAGGAAGUAGUUGUAACACACCGCUCUGUGAUGGUUCGACGUCCUGUCCAAACGGCGGCACCUGUCGAUAUCCUGAUUACUGUGUAUGUCCAACUGGAUUUUCUGCUCCAGGUUGCAACGAUAUAGACGAGUGCUCAGGUACUUCACAUGGAUGUCAACAUUACUGUAGAAACACAGCUGGAUCUUACUAUUGUACAUGUCGAGCUGGAUAUGUACGGAGCUAUGACCUCAAGGCAUGUACUGAUAUAGACGAGUGUUCAGGAAUCUCACAUGGAUGUCAACAAGACUGUAGAAACACAGCUGGAUCUUACUAUUGUACAUGUCGGGCUGGAUAUCUACCAAACUCCGACCUCAAGACAUGUACUGAUAUAGACGAGUGUUCAGGUACUUCACAUGGAUGUCAACAUGACUGUAGAAACACACCUGGAUCUUACUAUUGUACAUGUCGAGCCGGAUAUCUACCAAACUCCGACCUCAAGACAUGUACUGAUAUUCAGCCACCAGUGCUGACUGGAUGCAGUGAAGAUGUCCACAUAAAUGCUACAGGCCAUACUGUACAAUACAAUUGGACCGAACCAAUAUUUACAGACCCUAUGGGUUCUGUUUUAGAAAUUGUCUCUAACUACCCAAGUCCAGAAUUUACCUUUCCUUGGGGAGAUUACACUGUACAAUAUGUAGCAACAAAGACGUCUAAUGGAUUACGGACUGAAUGCUCAUUCCAGGUCAAAGUGAGGCCUACACCAUGUGAGGAGCUCAAUGUCCCUGUUAAUGGAGCACGGUUAUGUAACGGCUGGAAGACAGAUUAUGGCAGGUUCUGUAUGAUCAUGUGUCAGCAAAACUACACAAUUGGUCCCGCUCAGAGUUAUUACACAUGGCACGUGUGUGGCGCCUCUGGUAACUGGAUAGCCGCAAGUCCAGUACCUGACUGUUCAGUUCCGGUGGCGUAUGAGUACGAAGAAGAAUAUUAUCAUCCGGGAUAUGCUGGUUAUGUAUAUUCGUCUUCAUGUGAGGACGAUGCUACCAGAAACACAUUACAGACACUGUACAUAGAUUAUCUGAAAGAAGCGGAGGGAUUUUCGUCGUUUUGCUCAACCUAUGAAAGCGAAUGUACAAAAGAAAAUGUUGAUGUCAAGUGUUGAAGUAAUACGAAAUCCAUCUACAAACAUGUUAAGAAAAGAAAUGUUGCUCCAGCAGAAUUCAUUUUCAGACUGCACAUUAAACGUAAUUUAAUUUAUACGUUGUCCUUCGCAUACAUUUAUGGAAAGCUUAACGUUUUAGGAUGGGACACCAGUGGGUUGAUUAAUUACCUAGUUUGAGAUUAAAGUUUAAAAGAAUCUGGAUUUAUUAAUAAUCAAAAUGCCUCAGCUAAUGUUGCUGAUUAAUCAUCGUUACAUGCAUCUAUACGUGACAAUGGGGUCUAUGUAUGUAAAGGUAUGCUAGAAUUUAGAAUUGGACUUUUUCUAAAACGACGAUCCUGCUAUUGCUUUUAUUUCUUCAUAUUAUGACAGAUUGUGUAUGUGAUUUUAAAAUCUCGGUCAAGUAUGGUUAUAGGCAAUCGAAUCAGCCGGUUCAAAUGUACACACUACCACAUUCAUUGUGUAUCAAAUUGUAAUCAUAUGUUCAUAUGUCUAUUCUACAUUUUAAAAGAAUCAAGUUUUAGUUUGAUUAUGUACCAUGUUAGAGUCAUUAGCCCUGAAUUAACAUGCCACAUUUCGUUAUGUUUACACUUUAACACCAGCUCGUAAUCAACCUAAAUGAACUUUGAAAAUUUGUACCCGAAUUAUCUCAAGUAAGUUUGAUUCUAUGCCAUUGAAAAGUUUUGUAGGUCUCUAACACUAACGCUAUAACGCUUUCAAUUCUUCAUCAAUCAUAGUUUAAUUCGAAUGUUUCUCAUUGCAGAGUUGGUGCAGCCGUUCUGCGCCUGCGCGGAAUUAUUAUCCAUUGGAGCACACGGCAAAAUUACUCAUUUUUUUGCAUGUCCGCACGCAUUUAGAGUAUCAAAUGCAUAAUAUACUGACUAGAGGUUAGGGUUAGUAUCACCAUGGUUACAAAAUAUAUACAUUUAAGAUAUUUUCUUUCAAAUUUAGUUAAUCCGGUAUAUACCGGAGUCUGUAAUGUAUCACAGGUGCACCAACUCUGUAUUUAGUCACAGCCGUUUAAUUCACACAGAAUGUGAAUUUCCAUAAAAAUUGAUACAGUUAUUACAUGAUAAACCCCAGCUCUAAAACGUCUUUAUAUAUAUUCUACAUUGUAAUCUUGAUACAUUUCAAGAUUACAUCUGUAGAUGUUAUAUAAAAACAUUGACUUAACAGUUAUUACAUGAUAAACCCCAGCUUAAAAACAUCUUUAUAUAUAUAUUCUACAUUGUAAUCUUGAUAUAUUUCAAGAUUACAUCUGUAGAUGUUAUAUAAAGACAUUGACUUGACAGUUGUACAUUCCACUUUGCAGUUCGAAAAAAAGUUACAGCUGUGCUAAACAAAGGAGCAAAGAGUUACAGCUAUAAAAGUCAAAAUAUUUACAGCAGAAAAUAUGUCGCUGUUGAAAUGUUACAGGUUUUGAAAAAUGGUGCAUUAUUUUAGUGAACGAAAGUUAAAAAUGUUUCUUCUUUUGAAUAGACCACAGUUACUACAAAACAUACUAGAUUAAUGAUUUAAAUAUGAAUAUGAUUACAGUUUAGCAAUUGUAAUAAUCAAGCACAAGAAAAUGGAAACUAGACAAGAGAUCCUAAAAAUCCCUUCGUCAUGAAAAUACAUUACGAUCAUGUAGUUAUUACCAACUUAAGAUGUGUUUGUAAUUACGUAAUGCCUCCUUCGUUAAAAUUUCAAAUAUUAAGUUGUGAUGUCUCUCUGAAACGAAUUCCGCUAAAAUACGUGAAAGAUAAUACGCGACAAUACUCAAACUUUAAUUCAUACUGUUGUGGUUGUCAGAUAUUGGAGUUUUAUAGCUGUAACUUUUGCCUGUAUUUUAAAAACUGUAUUUUUGAGACCCGAAUGGUCUCGACUUUUGCACUUGUUAUUUUAAAAUACAUGUCUCUAACGGGCGUUUACUACGGUAAGCAGAUCCUUAUUUCAUUACUUGUCCGCUAUAAAUACAUACAUGCACUAAUAUUUAUCUGGUUAAGCUAACCUCGCACCGAAAUUGCAAGAGUUAUCUGUUUGCAAUGAUUCGAGGACUGUCUCUAUUUCAUUACUAAUAUCCUUUAAUUUAUGAUUUUGGAGGGCGCAUUUAAGGUUAGCUCACGGAGUCGUGAGUUCGAUCCCCGAGCAUAUGUUUUCCGUGACGAUUUGAUAAAAGGCAUAGUAUUUUGAAUAAUUUGUCCUCACCUAUGAUUCAUUUGGAGAAGUUGGUAGUUACUUGCGGAGAAUAGGUUUGUACUGGUACAGAAUUCAGGAACACUGGUUAGAAUAAUUGCCUGUCGUUGCACAACUGAAGUACUGUUAAAAUGGCGUUAAACUCAAAACAAACAAAUAUAACACAUUGAUAAAAUGAGUAGCGCAAUAAACUAUCCAAAAGUUAGUGUUACUUUGACUGUAUAGAAAAGGAAGAUGUACACAGUUACAUAAUAAGAACACAAAAUGUAAAGAAAAGUUAUGUAUCUUAACAUAAUUUUUGUCCGCCAGCUGUACCUGGGCGGUGCCCCACUGUGUUGUUUUUUCUGCUUAUUUGUUGCUUGUUUGUAGUUUUUGUAAAUAUAUAGUCGGAUAUAAAAGAUAUAUUCAGUUUACAAAAUAAAACAGUAAUACAUAUAAUACAGUAUUGAAUUUCAAAGUUUUAUGUGAAAAAAAUAUCCCCUUAAUCUGUAUUUACUGACAUUCAAGCCUCUUUCCAUCAACCCCUUGAUAUAUAACAUCUGUCAGCAGCCUUGAACUACCCUUGUCUAAGUUUUACUGAGUCGGACUGGGCGAUUCAAUAAUGUUUGAUGACAAGGCUUAAAUAUAUUUUCUAUUUAAAUUGAGUUUCAGGAAUCAUUCAAGUAUUUUUCAUUAGGAACUUUAGUAUCAUCUCACCACUGUAUAUGUUUUACUUAUCUUUUCUGGUUGUUACACCAUAUUACGGAAGAGUAUACUGACCCCCAAUGUACUUUCAUAGUGGAUAAAUUGUCCAGUACUUAAAUAUUAUAUUUAUGUAUUUCUAAACAUUUUGAGAGUUUAUAUAUAUUAUUUUCAUUUUAUGUUUAUAUUUCUGUGUAGUUAUAUUUUUUUUUUUUUACAAAACUGUCAGUUAUUUUAGAGAAAAGAUUCUCAUAACACGUUUGAUUUUAUGAGAAUAUAAUUAUUGCAGGAUAAAUUUCGAAGUAUGUUCUAAAAUAUAAAUUAUCUAAAAUGAAUUUUCGACAGUUUAUUUAUGUCUUAGUGAAAGUGCGCCUUUCAAAAGAAAUUUUUAUCCUAAUUAGAUAUAAAAGAAAUAGGUGAAAGAUACUUAAACUCUAAACGUACUCCACCUAUUUCUUUUAAUUUAUUUAUAAAAAUGAAUCGAAUGGUCGUAGAAAUAUAAGAAUGCAUGUAUGAAAAGAUAUUUGAGCUGUUGUUGCAGUAUAUUAAUUUUCUUGAAUUUAUAAAUGCAUCUAUGAAAGUAAAAUAAACAUUUUAGGAUAUA